AUUGCCUGAUGUGUUCCGAGCUCGAAAUUUCCAACUACUCUUUUUCUUCUUCUUUCUCAAACAGUCUGCAAAACUAGAGAGAGAAAGAGAAAGAGAAAGAGAAAGAGAAAGAGAAGGAGAGUGAAAGAGAGAAAUGGGGCUUGAAAUUGUUGAACCGAACGCGUGCAUAAGGGGAUGCUGUAAGAGCAACUCCAUUCCUCUUCAUCUUCCACCUUCCUCUUAUGCUCUCGUUUCCCCCAUUGCUCGAGGGGCUGAAAGUGUUGUGUAUGAAGCUACUUUGUAUGGAAAGAGAGUUGCCGUGAAGAAACCCGUCUUGUCAACUUCUGAAGAUAUUGAUAAGUUCCACAAGGAGUUGCAAUUGUUAUGCAAGCUAGAUCAUUGUGGGCUAGCCAAACUGAUUGCUGCACAUGCUAAGCCACCCAACUACAUGUUUUUCUUUGAGUUUUAUGAGUCCCCAAAUCUUGCGGAUAAGUUGCACGUCGAGGAAUGGACUCCAAGUAUCGAUCAAGUCCUCAUGAUCGCUAUUCACUUAGCCAAGUCAUUGCAAUAUCUGCAUAACCUCGGGAUUUUACAUAGGGAUGUGAAACCAGCAAACAUUCUUUUGGAUAAAGAUCUUAAUCCACACCUAGCAGAUUUUGGUUUAGCAGAGCACAAGAGUGUUUUAAAAAAAGUUUCUGUUGAGAAUUGGAGAUCAUUCGGAAAGCCCACUGGUGGUUUUCACAAGAAAAAUAUGGUUGGUACAUUAAUUUACAUGGCUCCUGAAAUAUUAAAGAAGGAAGUACAGACAGAAGAAUCCGACGUCUACAGUUUUGGUAUAACAAUCAAUGAGCUCAUGACUGGUGUUGUUCCUUAUACAGAUCUUCGUGCAGAAGCACAGGCACACACCAUACUGGAGAUGAACUAUACUGAGCAGCAACUUACUGCAGCUGUAGUUUCUGAUGGUCUUCGACCAAUUCUUGCUGGUCCUGAGUCGGGUGUGCCAUCCAGUUUGUUGUCCUUGAUACAAAGAUGUUGGGAUGCGAAACCUCAAAACAGACCUUCUUUCGAUGAUAUAGUUGCUGAACUUGGUUCAAUUUUGGAACACAGAGAGAGAACACAGGAACCAGUAGUUCUUGGAAGCUUUCCUACUUCUGUUGGUGAUCAGACUACCUAUGGUAUCAGCAAGGUCCAAUAUUUUCAAGAGGAUAUUAACUGGACUACUCAGGGUGAACACUUCUCUAAAAGAGCUGCUUCUGAAGUUGAUUCUAGCAGGACGAUUUGGCUGGAUUCUUUAGAUAACUCAGUGGCGUACCAUCCAGUACUCUCAUGGGGUUCCUUUGCUACAUGUGGGAGAAGGGAGAGUAUGGAGGACACACAUUUUCUUAUGCCCCAUAUGUGCAAUGAACCAGAGAUUCAUGUUUUUGGUAUCUUCGAUGGUCAUAGAGGUGCAGCAGCUGCUGAGUUCGCAGUACGAGCUUUGCCGGGAUUCCUGCAAUCUUUAGGUUCCAUAAGCAGCAGUCCUGCUGAUGCAUUGAAAGAAGCAUUUGUGAAUGCUGAUUUGGCAUUUAGAAACGAACUAGAUUCUUAUUGUAAAUCGAAAAGAGCAAGUCAGAAAGACUGGCAUCCUGGUUGCACUGCAGUUGCUGCUCUUAUAGUUAGGAACAAGCUUUUUGUUGCCAAUGCUGGUGAUUGCAGAACAAUCUUGUGUCGAUCUGGCCACCCAAUCAAUCUAAGCAGGGAUCAUGUAGCAAGUUGUCCUGAGGAGAGAGAGCGAGUUGUUAAAGCAGGAGGGCAAGUCAAAUGGCAAGUUGAUACAUGGCGGGUUGGUGCUGCCGCGCUCCAGGUUACUCGUUCAAUUGGUGAUGAUGAUUUAAAGCCUGCAGUGACUGCAGAGCCUGAGAUAAGUGAGACUAUUCUGUCUGCAGAUGAUGAAUAUUUGGUCAUGGCUAGUGAUGGACUAUGGGAUGUUGUGAGCAACACAGAGGUAGUAAGCAUAAUCAGGGACACAGUUAAAGAGCCAGGAAUGUGCUCCAAGAGACUGGCUACUGAAGCCGCUGAGCGCGGCAGCAAAGACAACAUUACAGUAAUUGUUAUCUUUCUUCGUCCUGUAUCUACAGCAGAGAGAAUUUACUAAGACUGGAUCAUGAUCCUAUUCUUUUGCCACUUCUGAAAGCAAAACUAUCAAGAGAAUGAAUGAAUGAUUCAUUGGUUGUGCUAAGAAAAUAAAAAAGCAAAUAAAAGUAGAUCAAUUAUAUCUAUUGUUUUGAUAUGUUUAUUUGGCAGCCUAUUUGUUUCAUACCUGCUAGCUUGGUGCUCAUAAAUAUUUAUGCAAAGAAUUUGCAGUCAGAGGAAAAUAAUGAAAUGGAAUGGAAGAGAAUCCGUUUUCAUA